AUGGCCACCAAGAAGGUGUACAUCAUUUUCUACUCCACCUAUGGGCACAUCACUGCCCUGGCCAGGGCGCUGAAGGAGGGCGUCGACAGCGUUGAGGGCGUCGAGGGUGUCCUGUUCCAGGUUGCUGAGACGCUGCCGGCCGAGGUGCUGACCAAGAUGUAUGCAGCCCCGAAGCCGGAAGACAUCCCCGUCGUCAACCCCAAGACCAUCGACGAGGCCGACGGCUUCGCCUUCGGCUUCCCCACCCGCUUCGGAUCCAUGCCUGCGCAGAUGCAGGCCUUCUUUGACGCGACCGGCGGGCACUGGCAGAAGGGCUCCCUGGCCGGCAAGCCCGCCGGCAUGUUCACCAGCACAGCCACCCAGGCCGGCGGUGAGGAGACGACCAUCAUGACGUCAGUGACGCACCUGGUGCACCACGGCAUGAUCUUCGUGGCGCCGGGGUACACCUUUGGCGAGGGCAUGCACGAGCUCGCUGUGCCCAAGGGCGGCAGCGCUUGGGGUGCCAGCACCCUGGCGGGCCCCGACGGCUCCCGCAAGCCGUCGGAGCUCGAGCUGGCAUACGCGAAGCACCAGGGCAAGCACCUGGCUGAGAUCACCAAGAAGCUCGCGGCAUGA